AUGUUUUCGCUUUCUGCGGCGGACAACUCGGCGCAAAGUGAUUGGCCUCGCUGGAGUCUCCCCGCCACCGACCCAGAUUCCCCAAACUCUGGAGCGGGGCCUCCCUAUCAGAGCGCCGCGAUCAACGUCAACGGCCAUGCACACAACCGACUACCUUCCGAUUACCCGAACGUACCUCUUUUUGGCUCCAAUUUCUAUCAAGCACGCGCGCCACAGCCGACGAACCCAGGGAUCUGCAACUCAGGUAUCCCAAGUGAAGCUUCGGAAGCGGAUCGUGGUGCGUCAUAUGGUCCCAUCUUCCCAAUAACUAAGCAAACAGUCGUUUUCUUACGCAACCUUGAAAUUGUAGUCGCGCAUAGUUUAUAUUACGAUCAAGACACUGAAGCUCGCGUAAUCUCCAUCCGAGAUCCCUCAGCAUUUUCGAUUGAAAACAACGAGUUAUCGUCCACUCAGGGACCCGUUGUGAGACCAGUGGUAGCCUCACAAGCCACCAUAGAUGCGGCAAAGAAGAAGCGUCGAGGACAAGCUCCGUUCGCCUGCCCUCACUGCCCAAACAGCUUUACGACAAAGAAGAACCGCAAUUGGCGAAAGGAGACCUCAGCCGUCACAAAAAGUCAAAGAAGCAUUGCCAUGCCUUGCAAGUUCAAUCAGAACGAGCCGGACAGUCUUGAGGCAGUUACAUUUAGCAUUAUCUACACACCAAUUGAUCACUCCAUGGUAUGUCUCCAUAGUAUGUAA